AUCUCCCGGCGCCGGGCAGCGGGCGGGCAGAUGGCGGCGGGCGGCGCGGGGCGCGUGGCGGCGGCGCUGUUGGAGGCGCGCGCUGUGCGCUUUGGAGACUUCGUGCUGCGGAGCGGCAUCGCCUCGCCCGUCUACGUGGACCUGCGCGGCCUGGCCUCCCGGCCCUCUCUUCUCCGCCUGGUUGCUGAUCUCCUGUUCCAAACAGCAAAAGACGCUGCUCUCCAGUAUGACUGUGUGUGUGGUGUUCCGUACACAGCUUUGCCGUUGGCCACAAUUAUCAGCUCUGAAAAUCAGAUUCCAAUGCUUAUACGGAGGAAAGAAGCGAAAGAUUACGGUACCAAGCGGCUGGUAGAAGGCACCAUCAAUCCAGGAGAAACAUGUUUGAUCAUUGAAGAUGUGGUAACAAGUGGAUCUAGCGUACUGGAAACUGCUGAAGUUCUUCGGAAGGAGGGAUUAAAAGUCACAGAUGCUGUAGUGCUGCUGGACAGGGAGCAGGGGGGAAAGGCCAGGUUAGAAGAACAUGGAAUUCGCCUGCACUCUGUGUGUACGUUGUCCGGGAUGUUAGAUAUUCUCCAGCAGCAGGGAGAAGUGGAUGUGGAGAUGGUUGAGAAGGUGAAGAAUUUCAUUCAGGGAAAUGUGUUUGAGCCAGGGGCUCAGAAUGGUCCCACUCCAGUGAAAAGAGUCUGUAAAGAGCUGAGCUUCAGGGCUCGUGCUGAGCUUCCCGGCGUGCAUCCUGUCGCAGCCAGGCUUCUCACACUCAUGGAAAAGAAGCAGACAAACUUGUGCCUUUCUGCAGAUGUCACAGGAUCCAAAGAACUGCUGCAGUUAGCGGCCAGCCUGGGCCCCAGCAUUUGUAUCCUAAAGACUCAUAUAGAUAUCCUGAAUGAUUUCACCCAAGAGGUAGUAAAGGAGCUGAGAGCGCUCGCAGAUCAACACGAGUUCUUGAUUUUUGAAGACAGGAAGUUUGCAGACAUUGGAAACACAGUGAAACAUCAGUAUGAAGGUGGUGUGUUCAAAAUAGCAUCCUGGUCGGAUGUGGUUAACGCACAUGUGGUCCCAGGCUCUGGAGUUGUGAAGGGACUGAAGGAAGUGGGCCUUCCCCUGCAGCGUGGCUGCCUUCUGAUUGCUGAGAUGAGUUCCCAGGGGUCGCUGGCAACUGGUGAAUACACCAAAGCUGCGGUACAGAUGGCUGAAGACAACCCUGACUUUGUUUUUGGAUUCAUAUCUGGAUCUAGAGUUAGUGACAAACCAGAAUUUCUUCACUUAACUCCAGGAGUACAGCUGCAAGCUGGAGGUGAUAACCUUGGGCAGAAGUACUUAAGCCCCAAGGAAGUGAUUAGUGAAAAAGGUUCAGACAUUAUUAUUGUGGGACGUGGCAUCUUGUCAGCUUCAGACCGUCUUCAAGAGGCAGAGAAGUACAGGAAGGCAGCCUGGGAGAGCUACAUAAGCAGGCUCGGUGUCCAUGCAUAAGACUGAAUGUAGGUCACCUUCCUAGUAAGCAAAGCUGAUGCAGUAGUCAAAACGGAGCUGCAAUCGUUGUAAGACUUCCACUUAAAUACACAGACACUUCAGCCAGUAGAAUAUUAUGCCCUUUUGGAAAAAAAUCUGUUGCUGGCUAAAUUAUUUUUAAUUGCACACGGUCGAACACACCAUAAUUGUUUUUAAGUGGGUUUUUUUUAGCAUUUGAAUAUAUAAGACCAAAAUGUUAUGUCCAAUUGUUAGUCUGAAUAGUUUUUGUCUACUGAAAAGUGAUGAAUGAAAACACUCCUAGAUACAUGCCUGGCUGUUGUUGCUGGUUUCUCCUCCCCACCCUUAAAUUCCUCUCACUGUGGAAACGAUGUUUUACUGUUCUUCAUUAACUUCACCUGUGACACUGACCUCGUGUCCCACUCACAGGAUUGCUCAGGUCUGCCACUUCCAUGGAGACAGUUAGCAGUCUGGAUCCCAUGCAGUGAAAAUGAAUUAUAUGUUACUUAAUGAGUUGAUUUUGCUACCCGUUUCCUUUAAUUGUAUCUUCUUUUUGUUGCAGUGUGAAAUACUGUUUAUUUUCAGAACCAGGGCGCUAUAAAAAUAAAUCAAGCCUGCUCUGUUUGUGUCUGUAAA